CCGGGCACCCGGUUGUCCUCUACAAGACAAUAACCUUCUUGGUUCCAGCUGUAUCAUCGGCGGACUUUGCAGGAAAGAGGGUCUUGAAGUGAAAGCUGCCUUCAAUACACCUCAACCUCGUGAUAUCAUGAAUCCUUCAAGAGGCCGCGGGCUGGGUCAACGAAGUCCUCAUGUCCUGGUAACCGACUCUCGCGACCAACAGACAUCCUCGCAACCCCGCCGCCGGCGCUCGCCCGCAACCCGCUUCAUCACCGUCGACAACGUCCUUCAAUACACCUCCGAUGUGCCCUCCAUGCAGCAACGGCAUCCGCCUCAGGGCACCCGGACGCGGCCGCGCUCUCGUAUCGCAUCGGCCGCCGGCGGGCUGAUCGGGGCCGCGGCCGGCGGAGCGGCCUCCUCCAGUGGGGGUAGCAUCGGCGCAGCCAGCGGCAGCACCGCAGCGGCAACGAUUCGACGUCUCGCGGCCCAACCGCGCCUUCCACCUCGUACUACCAAGGUCAGUGAGAAGCUCGUUCUGCUUCCCGAAGCGGACGGGAAGUUACCUGAGGACGACGAAGGCGAAGAAGAGGAUGAAGAGGCCGUAGAUGAAGAGUUCGUGCAGCGCGUCGCCAAGGAUAAAAACCUGGACCCCGAGGCUGUGCGGCAAACCCUACUGGCGCAGAAGAAGAUGCGCCUGGAUGGGGCAGACUUUGGCGUGGACAACGAUAUCGCGCCACUGCUAGCGGAUGAGGAACUGCUGCGUAAGCGGAAGGUCGCGCCGGAGAAGGCGAAAAGUUAUGCGGAGCGCCUGCCCAAGGCGCGCCGGGCCGAGAAGUUGGCGCGCGUGACGGCGUACUGCACCGCGCAGGCGUACAAGAUGAGCUCGUUGGCGUCUUUUGUGAAGGAGAGACAUGGUGGCCGCACGAAGCUGUAUGAUGACUGUCUGUACACGGCGUAUCAUCUGCCGCUGUUGCCGGGGCUGGAUGGGUACAGGUUGAGGAGUAGCCCCAUGGUAAAGAAGCCGGGAGGGAAGUCGAUCUUGGACGAGGAGAUCGAGCGCAAUGAGCUGCGGGACCAUCAUGAGGAUUACCUGGUGGAUGCGGAGGAACAUUCGGUCAUUGGAGGACGCCAUGAGCACAGGUCCUCACAUCAGCAGCACAGUGAGGCACCUAGAGACAGGGAUGAGGAAGGGCACCACCAGCAGGAGGAACACGAAGAAGAGGAGCAUCGAUCCGUACCUGGCUCUGAGGCGCAACCUUUCGUAGGUGGCAUUGAUGGUUCUGGUAAUCAUCAUGGCUCGGCAGACGCUGCGGCGGCGACACCAACCGCAACACGUCUGCCGUACAAUGUUGCAGAAAUGUUCGUUUUCAGCUACGGAGUGGUGGUGUUCUGGAACUUCACCGAGAAACAGGAGAAGGAUUUACUUGCUGAUUUGGCGUUUGCGACUUCGUCCGCGACCGGGACACCAAUCCCGCUGGCUACUUUGCCCUUGCAGGAGGAAGACUUCGAGACGGAGGAGUUUCAUUUCGAGUACUCGACGGAGAUCUCUCGCCCGCGCGUCUACAAUGAUAUGAUCACUCUGCGUAGCGGUGACCACAUGAUCAAAUUGGCUAUCAGCCACGGCAUCGCGCAAAGCACCAAACUCUGCUUCUUUGAAGAAGUCAUGGCUCGACAGAUGGCUGAGGCUAAGGAUGUCCCUCGCCGACUGGCCAUGACAGGCAAUCUCGGCAUGAAACGAGACGAAGUGUUUCGCAUCCUCGGUAGUCUUUUUAAAAGCCGCGUGGAGGUCAAUCUCUCAUCCAACGUCCUUGAUGUUCCCAAUUUCUUCUGGGAAAGCGAACCGACCCUAUAUCCCCUUUACAUUGCCGUGCGCGAGUACCUCGAGAUCAAGCCUCGGAUUCAAGUCCUCAAUGAACGCUGUAAAGUCUUCUUAGAUCUGGCGGAGAUCCUGUCCGACUCCAUAGCCGACAACAAAACCUCCCAUCAAACAUGGAUUAUCAUCGUCCUCAUCUGCGUUUCCAUCCUGGUCACCACCUUUGAAGUUUUCCUCCGGUUCGGCCUCCUCUCCUCCCGCGAAGGAGGUGCCUCGACGGCAGCUACCGCCCCUAUCAGCUCCUUCGCAGCCACGGUCCUAGCCCGGGCCCUAGGCAGCAGUAGCAGUAACAACUCGGCCUGCGCAUGUUCAUGUCCUGCUCAAUUACCAGGCAACGGGAUGACGAACACAACAUCUCGAACAAUAGGAAUGCUGUCUUAGAAAAGCAACCCUUUUCUGAUCUCCGAUU